GUAGCGAAGAAAGCGAAUCUAAGUGUGCCGACACUAUGGCUUGGAAGACUGGUGAAGCUCACGAAAACCGGUGCUUAUGAAUGGAAUGACGGAUCAAUUGGAAGGCAUUCAGACGGAUUCAGAGGUGGUCAGCUGUGUUUGUUUAAUUCAGAAAUCAAAUUUAUGAUUGUGAUAAAUUUGAAAUUUCCCACAGAACCACCUUCUGGAACAGAUUUAUGCCUUACGAUGUGGCUAGAUUUUGAUCGACCGGAUGGCUCAUGGAAUGAAUGGGAUUGCAGUUAUGCAAGUGGUUAUUCGUCACUAUGUAAGAAAUCAUUUAAAAGAGUAACACCAAUACCAGCACAAGUGCUCAAUCCACAUGUUCAUCACAGUCGCCGAUGUUGUGUGUCAGCGUUGUGCUCGAAUCGUUGCACACCGUCUGAACGUUGUAUUCCGGAUGAUCUAGAUUGCUGGACAAAGACAUGUCAAAACACCGGACCUGGAUGGUGCCUACCGGCACCUUAA